UUCUGUGAACUCAUUUUCUCUUUUGCUAUGCUUUCAUGUGAACUUGAGUUAACCAACUUUUUUUAUCUGUGAUUUGCUUCAAUUGUCACCUCAUCUUCACUUCAUACAUCCCUUUAUAUAUAUUCAAUCUCUAUUCUUCACUUUCUAUUCUCACACCCAUAAAUUAAGCUACUAUAUAUUCAUAAAAGUGAAUCGAAUUAAUUAAAGUUUGAGAGAUCGAUAAAAGAGACUACGUAACAAGUAUAAGAGUAGAAGAAGAUCAGAUUGAAGAAAGAAGAUCAUGAAGAGAUCGAUUGCUCUAGUAGUUCUUCUCAUUGUGCUCCUUGUUUUGCCAAACAUCACCGUUUCUAGACACAUCACUAGACCACGUUUCUAUCGCAACGCUCACCGAGCCGCACAAGGAAGAAUGAGAGGCAACAUGAACCCAAGAGGUAGACCAGCAAUGAAGCCUAGAGGGCCAGGACCCGACACCGUUGAAAUCGCGGGUUCAAGCUUGCCCGACUGUUCUCAUGCUUGUGGUUCAUGCUCACCAUGUAGGCUAGUUAUGGUGAGCUUUGUAUGUGCUUCUAGAGAAGAAGCCGAGACUUGUCCAAUGGCUUAUAAGUGUAUGUGUAAAAAUAAGUCAUAUCCAGUUCCUUAAAAUUAAUCUUUGUAAUAUUUUUGUAAGGGCUAAAUCUAAAUUCUUGUCAAGCACUAGCUAGCUACUAGUUCAAUGUAACAUAGUUUAUUCUCAUUUUAUUUUAUUUCUUUUAUUGAUUAUAUAGUUC